AUGGCGGAAACGGCAGCUCCCCCCAAACCGGUUCACACCCUCGUGCUCGACGCCGGACCCCUCCUCAAGAACGUCCCCCCGCUCUCGUCCUUGCUCGCACAGGCCGAAGAGCUCGUCACCACGCCAUCUGUGAUCAAUGAAAUCCGUGAUCCUGAUGCGCGCUCCCGAAUCGAGACGAUGUAUAUGCCUUUCCUCAAGCAGCGGACCCCGACUGCGAAGAGCAUCAGUGUCCUCAGCGAAUUUGCCCGCAAGACCGGCGACCGGCCCGUCCUGAGCAAGGUCGAUAUCGAGGUGUUGGCGCUGGCGUACGAGAUUGAGUGCGAGCGAAAUGGCGGUGAUUGGAGAUUGCGGAGCGUCCCGGGCCAGAAGGGUCUGAAUGGGAAGCCUCCGGGGAAGGAGGAGGAGAAGAAGCAGCAGGAGGGCGAGGAGAAGAAGGAGGAGUCGGAGCCAGCUGAUACGCAAGAGAAGGCUGAAGACGGGAAUACAAAUGGCACGCAGGUGGACGAAGUCGCAAAAGAUCUGGAAAAAACCACACUGGACGAGAAUCCCAAGCCCAGUGAGGAUCAUUCGGAGAACGCUCCUGCAGAUGACACUCCCUCCGCAGAACAGACAGACGAAUCCGCUCCUGCACCAGCUCAAGAAGCUGAAGCUGAAGCUGAAGCUGAAGUGGAGGAAGACGAGCCCGAAGAUUCCGACUCGGAAGGCUGGAUCACUCCGUCGAAUAUCAAGAAGCGGCAGGCCCAGGACGAGGGGAUUUCUGCCUCGGCAACGCCAGAGCCCAAAGUCAUGCAGGUUGCGACAAUGACCACCGAUUUUGCUAGGAUCCGCCAUCUCAAGACGUACAUCAAGCGCUGCCACGCCUGCUUCUGCACCACCAAGGAAAUGAACAGGCAAUUCUGCCCGCGCUGCGGGAAAGACACGCUGACCCGCGUGUCCUGCACCACGGACGCCAACGGGCAGUUCAAGCUGCACCUGAAGAAGAACAUGCAGUGGAACAACCGCGGCAACAGGUACAGCAUCCCCAAACCGGUGCCCGGCAACGCCAGCGGCAAGUGGAAAGGCGGCGGCGGCGGUAAAGGCGGAUGGGGCACGGAGCUCAUCCUGGCGGAGGAUCAGAAGGAGUAUAUCCGAGCGGUGAAGGACCAGCAGCGACAGCUCCGCAAUGAGCACGAUCUUAUGGACGAGGACUACCUGCCCAGUAUUCUGUCGGGGGAGAGACACAAGAUUCCUGGCGGUAGGAUUAAGGUCGGGGCUGGCAGGAACGUGAAUGCGAAAAAGCGACGAUGA